CCUGGCGGGAAGGCAAGAUGGCCGAGGCGUCGUGCUGAGUACGCUCUUGCUGCCGAGUCACCUCUCCCCAGCCUCGCCUUACCGGCCUCAGGCCUCAUUUUCCAAGUCCCUGUCCCACUCGCAGCGGUCGCCGAGACCUGUCCGCCGAGGACCGCCGGUUGAAGAUGCCGAACAUCAAGAUUUUCAGCGGCAGCUCCCACCAGGACCUGUCCCAGAAGAUCACCGACCGUCUGGGCCUGGAACUGGGCAAGGUGGUGACUAAGAAAUUCAGUAACCAGGAGACCUGCGUGGAAAUUGGUGAAAGCGUCCGAGGAGAGGAUGUCUACAUUGUACAGAGCGGUUGUGGUGAAAUCAAUGACAAUCUGAUGGAGCUUCUCAUCAUGAUCAAUGCCUGCAAGAUCGCCUCAGCAAGCCGAGUCACUGCUGUUAUCCCUUGCUUCCCUUAUGCCCGGCAGGACAAAAAGGACAAAGUAGGAGCAGACUCCAAUGUGAGCCGAGCCCCAAUCUCAGCUAAGCUUGUGGCAAAUAUGCUGUCUGUAGCAGGAGCAGAUCAUAUAAUCACCAUGGACCUUCAUGCUUCUCAGAUUCAGGGGUUUUUUGAUAUCCCAGUGGAUAACUUAUAUGCUGAGCCAGCUGUCCUGAAGUGGAUAAGAGAGAACAUUGCCGACUGGAAGACCUGUUGUAUUGUAUCCCCUGAUGCUGGUGGAGCUAAAAGAGUGACUUCAAUUGCAGACCGACUGAAUGUUGACUUUGCUCUGAUUCACAAAGAGCGGAAGAAGGCCAAUGAAGUCGACCGAAUGGUGCUAGUGGGAGAUGUCAAGGACCGAGUAGCCAUUCUAGUGGAUGACAUGGCUGAUACUUGUGGUACUAUCUGUCAUGCAGCAGAUAAACUGCUGUCAGCUGGAGCCACCAAAGUUUAUGCCAUCCUUACUCAUGGAAUUUUUUCUGGUCCAGCUAUUUCUCGAAUUAACCAUGCCUGCUUUGAGGCAGUUGUUGUCACAAACACAAUACCUCAGGAAGACAAGAUGAAGCAUUGCCCCAAGAUACAGGUGAUUGACAUCUCUAUGAUCCUGGCCGAGGCCAUCCGGAGGACUCACAAUGGCGAGUCGGUCUCUUACCUGUUCAGUCACGUUCCUUUAUAAUUUUUCCACUUUUCACUUUGGAGGCUUUUCUUUGCUAAGCCAGUGAUUAUUUGGUAUAUUACAAAAGUUCAGUAGAAAUCCCUGCUUGUUCAUCCUGCUCCCCACAUUUUUUGCUCACAUCCAGUUUCCUGGGGCUCCACUUUCUUUCGUUAGUCUUAAGUGGGUCUUUCAGCUUUCACUCUUAACUCUGUGGAGAGCAGGCCCGAUGCAUCCACCAUAGAAUUCCAGGUGGGAGGGUGAGGGCUGGGAGGGGAGGGAGGCAGGGGGAGGGGACGGGGCAGAUGCACCACUACGCAUGCAAACUUCAGCAGUUCUGGUUGGUUGGUUUAUUUGUUUAAAAAUAAAAAUCUGCAAAACCUAAAUAAAAAUUAAACUGUGCUAGUGUCAGGCCAUAGCAAGAGCCCCAGACUACCCCAGCCAUGGCAUUCCUGGCUACCAAGUCAGCAUUUCUCAAUUACCUGCUGUAUGUCGGGCUUUGCACUGGGAACGAGGAGAAGGUAAAAGACAAGGCCCUGCCCUCAAGGAGCUCACAAGGCUCAUAACACUUGGAUAGCAUUGAGACAGAAACUAAAAGGGAAGGCCAGGGGGUAGCCAGCCAUGUGGGAAAGGGUGACAUGUCAACACUAUAAAGUUAUGGAGUUGUUGAGAGGUUAGUUUGGGGCCAGCAAAACUGAGAGGCUACAGAGUGAGGAGUGAGAACGGGCCACUAGUCGGGGAGGGGAGUUCUCUUGUAGUUGGCAUUCCUUGGAAUCAGUGAUGACUAGAGCCACUUCCAUCCUUGUGGCUUUUCCCUUUGGCCAGAUCUUCUGCUUCUAAACCACCAACACUUACAGAUUGAGGUUUCUCCCUGAGUGAAAAAAUAUGGGCCUUGGUUACGUUCAGAACCAUUUCUACCUUUCCACAGAAAUUCCUCAUUCACAUCUAUGAGGCCCUAAGUAUGAGCAGGGUGCAUUUUUAAUCCCUCCUUUAGAGUAGUUGACCCUGAUCAUUAGUAUAUUUUGCUGUUCACCUCUCUUCCUGUCCCCAAAUCUAAAUUAUGGAAGGAGAGAAAAUUUAGGCCUCAAGUGGAAUAUGAGAAAAUGAAUUGCUCUGUCCUCUGUAGUUAAAUACUCUUCUUUGUCCAUUAGUGGCACCACCAUGACUUGGGCUGUGGAGGGAGGAAAAAUGUCACCAAAAAUGUCAUCACUUUUGAUUCCAAGGUUGACUGUCCAACUGGCAAUAGGCAUUAACUAUGAUAACAUGGGAAGAAGAAGACCCUUCUGUAGGAGGCUGUAGCAUUUUGUGACUUGGUGUGCUCAGAGACUGAAUGAGGUUUUCUCAGGAAUGAACAUUGAAAGAAUUCUGACUGAUAGAUGGUGGGUGUCAGGGUUUAUCAGACCUUGUGAGCUUUUAGAUCUUGGAGACUUUGUUGAAUUAAAAGAACUUCAUUUGCAUUUUCUUGGGUCUUCUUGGGCGCCGGUAAACAGAUGCUCCUGUUAAAGGGGAGAUUUAUAGAAAGAACUGUAGAACAAGCUAGUCUGCAGUGAGUGCCCAUGCUGGCAUUUAUCUCUAGCAGAAGGCUUGAGCAGAUUCCUUGCUGCUCCAGCUGUAGCUUCCUGGUGCUUUGCUGCUGAGCUGUUAGCCAGCAUUGAACCAAAGUGACUGAUGUUGGCAUUCCUAUUCAACCAUGAGACUUCAAUGAAGGAAUUAAAUUUACUUUGAAAGCACUUUGA